CUUUGGAGGCCGGGAGUUCGUUUCCUGUGUUUGUGUGUGAGCUGUUGUCACAGCCGUUUGACAAUGCAGAUCUUCGUGAAGACCCUGACGGGUAAGACCAUCACCCUGGAGGUGGAGCCCAGUGACACCAUCGAGAACGUCAAGGCGAAGAUCCAGGACAAGGAGGGCAUCCCCCCUGACCAGCAGAGGUUGAUCUUUGCUGGGAAACAGCUGGAGGAUGGGCGCACCCUGUCCGACUACAACAUCCAGAAGGAGUCCACUCUGCACCUGGUCCUCCGCCUCAGAGGGGGCAUGCAGAUCUUCGUGAAGACCCUGACGGGUAAGACCAUCACCCUGGAGGUGGAGCCCAGUGACACCAUCGAGAAUGUGAAAGGGAAGAUUCAAGAGAAAGAGGGCAUCCCCCCUGACCAGCAAAGGUUGAUCUUUGCUGGGAAGCAGCUGGAGGAUGGGCGCACCCUGUCCGACUACAACAUCCAGAAGGAGUCCACUCUGCACCUGGUCCUGCGCUUGAGGGGUGGUGGCUUAAGUUCCCCCUUUUAAGCUGUUGACAAAAUUCAUUGCACUUUUCUUUCAAUAAAGUUGUUGCAUUCCAAA